AUGGCCCGCACGCUGCUGCCGUUGCUCCUGGCGUGGCAGCUGCUGCGCCGCGACGCCUUCCUGGGGCCGAGGGCUCGGGGACGGGGCGCCGAGGCGGAGUCCAGGUUUCGCGUGGUGCGUCGUGUGCGGGAGCGGCGCGGCUCCGCCGGGCGCCCGGCGCGAGACAAGCCAGGGAGAAGUUUGGACGGCUAUACGCAUCCGAAGGUGAUCACCAAGAAGAUCAUGGAAGCUCCCUCCGCCUCGGAGGUGUUGGGAGUGGUGCGGCAGGAGCGGAACAACCCAAAACUGGACUUCAUCGCCUUGUCCGCCGCAUGGGCUAGGAUGGCCAAAAUGCAGGCAAGUAUUUCCGCCGAGGUACUGAGCGACCCUUUCCUGCCAGACUUGAUUAGGCUGACUCGAGAUGGUGCAGGCAGGGCUGGAGUGGAGGCCGAAAGAAAUGCGCGAGCAGUUGCCAAUACAUACUGGGCAGCUGCAAAGCUGGACAAGCGAAUGCAUUCACUCGUGGCAAAUCUGCAAAGCAGCUUGACACAAGCGGCCAAGCAGACUGCGAAUCAUAUGGACGAGCAAGAGGUUGCCAACGUGAUUUGGGCCGCGGCCAAGCUGUCAGAGGCAAGAGAUGACUCCCUGCUGGCUGUGCUGCCGACUCUGGUGGUGCGUGCAAAGGAAGUGAGCUCUGACAUGAAUGCACAAGCUGUUGCCAACAUGAUUUGGGCAGCGGCCAAGCUGUCAGAGGCAGGAGAUGACUCCGUGCUGGCUAUGCUGCCGACUUUGGUGGUGCGUUCAAAGGAAGUGAGCUCUGACAUGAAUGCACAAGCUGUUGCCAACAUGAUUUGGGCAGCGGCCAAGCUGUCAGAGGCAGGAGAUGACUCCGUGCUGGCUAUGCUGCCGACUUUGGUGGUGCGUUCAAAGGAAGUGAGCUCUGACAUGAAUGCACAAGAGGUUGCCAACGUGAUUUGGGCAGCGGCCAAGCUGUCAGAGGCAAGAGAUGACUCCCUGCUGGCUGUGCUGCCGACUCUGGUGGUGCGUGCAAAGGAAGUGAGCUCUGACAUGAAUGCACAAGCUGUUGCCAACAUGAUUUGGGCAGCGGCCAAGCUGUCAGAGGCAGGAGAUGACUCCGUGCUGGCUAUGCUGCCGACUUUGGUGGUGCGUUCAAAGGAAGUGAGCUCUGACAUGAAUGCACAAGAGGUUGCCAACGUGAUUUGGGCAGCGGCCAAGCUGUCAGAGGCAAGAGAUGACUCCCUGCUGGCUGUGCUGCCGACUCUGGUGGUGCGUGCAAAGGAAGUGAGCUCUGACAUGAAUGCACAAGCUGUUGCCAACAUGAUUUGGGCAGCGGCCAAGCUGUCAGAGGCAGGAGAUGACUCCGUGCUGGCUAUGCUGCCGACUUUGGUGGUGCGUUCAAAGGAAGUGAGCUCUGACAUGAAUGCACAAGAGGUUGCCAACGUGAUUUGGGCAGCGGCCAAGCUGUCAGAGGCAGGAGACGACUCCCUGCUGGCUGUGCUGCCGACUCUGGUGCUGCGUGCGAAGGAAGUGAGGUCAUACAUGAAUGCACAAGGGGUUGCCAGCAUUAGAUGGGCGUUGAAGCGGCUUGAAGGUGAUGCCAGCAUCGCAGAUGUGUUGGCACCUUUGCAGCGCGUUGUACGAUGAUUCUCCAUGCGAACGGCUUGGAGUUGCCAGCCAAAAGCUGUCAGCUGUAGCAAGCCAAUC